CCAGCAGUUUAGUCAGUAUCAGUUCCUCAAUCCUCAGUCGACUCUCUACUCUCGAGUUAAACGUGUUCCUUUUUCCGCAAUAUAUAUAUAUAUAAAUCUAUAUAUACAUAUAUUGUUAAACCCAAAAUUCAAAAUCAUGGCGCGAAUCAUAUUACUGAUAUUCACUAGUUUAGCAGUGAUUGAAUUUGCCAAAUCUAAGACAAUUGAAGAACUUUUUCCAUCAGUCAUAAAUAACAGUACAUUGGUUACGUGGAAACUUAUAAAAAAUAAUACAGAAUUAAUUGCUGCAGCGAAUGAUAGUAAAGUUAUGAUGCUGAAAGCUAACGUUUACAUAAAAGCAGAUGGUAAUGUUCCAUCUAUUGAAAACACUACAGAUAAGGGCGAUUUAAAACUUGAUGAUUUCCUCAAAAAAGUUGAAGAAAAACAAAAGGGUGCGAAACUGUACUUCAAAACUAAUGAUAUUUUUAAUAAAAGUAUCGCAAUUGUCAAGGCCUAUGAUACUAAAUUGGUUGGGCAAGUUUGGAUCCAUGCGGAUGUAUUUAAAGGACCAUUUAAGCCAGCUGAUGUGCUACCCGAAGUCGUAGAUCCUACAAAAUUAAUUGAAAAACUAAAUGGUGCUUCUAAUUUUGUCAUAUCUCUUGGAUGGACCUCUAUAGAAGGAAACAUAGACAAAACCUAUGGUGAUAUAAAAUAUACACCAGAAAUGUUUGAUAAAAUGUUGGAACAAAUCAACAAAAUUAAAACAAAUAAUAUGACAAAUGUGAUCAUCUCAGUGAGAGCAGCUUUAGCAGUAAAUGAUAUCGAAGUAAUAAAAACAUUUAUGAAAAAAAAUACUGAUCUAAAAUUGACGAUUUGGUCCAAAGAUGGUGAUUUCGUCAAUGAAGAAAAACUCUCGCAACUGAUUUUGGAUAUAGGAGUUAAUAAAGUUUAUCUCGAUAUACCAAAAACUCUUAUGGAUAAAUUGAAGUUUAUAUCAGUACCUAAUGCUGCACCAUCUUCUUUCUCUUCAAAUAUUGUUUUCACCUUUAUGUCUUCAAUUUUGUCGUUUUUAUUUGUCAUCCGGAUGCUGUGAAGAUAAAGGUGUUAGAAAAUAAGUAUAAAAUUCACAUCAUGAAUGAUGCAGAUGAAGAUUGCUGAUGAUAUGGACGCAUACAUCGGACAACGUCAGUUGCAGAAUAAACGAAAGUUUCAUUACUGAAUGAAAAACCAUCUACUCUCUGCAUUAUUAUUAUGAUUAUUACUAUUAUUAUUAUUAUUUUAUUCUUUUAAAAUAUCUUUCAAUUCUUAACUAACAAAACGAGUAAAUGUAUUCUUUGAAGAAAAUUUCAAUUUCCAAACUUUAUUUAAAUAAUUAAACGAAAUUAAAUAAUUUAAAAAAAAACAGUUGAUUUCUAACAAAAUUAAAUUCUUUUUUAUAUAGUCUAAAUUCUUUAUAAAUAACAUAUUUUAAGGAUUUAAAUUUUAUUUUGUAAAAUUGAAAGAAAUUAUUAAAUGUUUCAUUAGUUUAAAAUUUUUUUUUAUUAAUCUAUUCAUAAUAAAUUCUUUCAUUAAAUGGUGCAAAAUCUUUAAAAAAAAAACUAUUUUUUUAAAUUCUUCUGCAAAAUAUAUCUAUAUGUACUUAUCAGUUUCCAUAAACUUCAAUUCCUAACGACACUGAAAAAAAAAUUUAUUUCACUUUAAUAAUUAAUUAUUUGACAGAAAUAAAUCACUGUUUUCAGUGCGUUAACUUUUCAAAUGUGGUUUGUUCUUAUUAAGACAAAAUAGAAUCAAUGUGAAGUGGGUCAUUUCAAAGACACAUAUAUACAAUUGAAAACAAUUUCAAUUAUAAUAUUAAAUUUUUCAAACUCAUUUAACUUUUCUUUAAUUAAAUUUUCAAAUUUAAAUUAAAUAAAAUUAAUUUUUAGCUUAAAUUUGAAGGUUUAGUUAUAUAUAAAAGAGUAUAAUUAAAUAAAUGUUAAUUUGAAAAAUUUAAUAUUUAAAAAAAAAAUGUUUCAAGAGACGAAUAUAGUACUUAUAAGUGUACAUAAUAUUCAGCCACCUUUCGCUGAACGAACUUAUAUAUUUUCAAACUUUGUGUCCGUUUUCAAAUCUUUCCUUAAUCCAUUUUCAACACACCAGAGACUUACAGAAUUUAUUAAUUAUAAUUAAAAAUAAAAUAGAUCUUAAGGCAAUUACUUGUGUAUCCACGAAUUCGUAAGGUUCCAUUUUUAGAUACUAUAUAAUGAAUAAUUCAUAAGAAAAAAAAUUGUCUCCCCCCCAAUUGUUGUUAAUAUUAUAAAUAAUUUUUCCUCCAUUUCGAGAAAUAUACAAUUUAGAGAUAAAUGAAUUUUGAACCUUACGAAUUUGUGAAAACUAUACUUUAAAUUUGAAUUAGUGAAAAGUGAGCUACUGAUUCAUAUUAGUAAAAAUUUUUACUAAUUUUUAGUAAUAUAUUACUAUUUGAUUUAGUAGUUUUUAAUAUUUUUAUUAAAGUUUUAGUAAAAAGUGACUAAAAAUUAGUGAAAACUAAUUUAAAUUAGUAGCACACUUUUCACUAAUUCAGAUUUAGAGAGAUUGUUAUAUACAUAUUAUAUUAUAAACUUUGAGUUUCUUUAAAUAAUUUGUCAAUCAACUCAAUCAAUCCUUUAAAUUUUAAACUUAAUUUUGAAGUGACUGAUGUGUUUAAACCAUUCCAAUGGAAAAUUUACAAUUUGCAUUUGUUAAAACAUUUCAAAUUGCAAUUUUACAUUAUUUUUGUACUUGAUUAUUACAUAUUAUAUAGUGAUGACUAUUUUUAAAAUACUACAUGAUUGAGAAUUUAGUUUGUAUAAAGUUGAUUCAAUUUACCAACAACUCUGUUAUUAAAAUAAUAAUUAAUGAAAAUUGUUAAAUUACAAAUAAUUUAGUAUUAAUAAAAUGUUAAAAAGUCAAAAUAUUCUGUAAAUGUCAAAUUAUUAUUAACAAUUCAGCACGCUGUGUUUGAUAAUGAAUAAAUAAAGUCAUUUACGAAUUACAAA